GCCUUGAGUUGCGGACUGCGGUUGUUGUUAUUUUAAUUAAUUAUAACUUAUGAAUGUAUGUUAUUCAAUAUUUACACAAUAAAUAUUAUAGGUAUAUAAAUGUAUGGAUUAACUUCGCAAUCUAGUUAGCUGCCUACAUUUUUUUAAAAUUAUAAUUCGCGCGAAUUUUCUAAAAUGCUGUGGCACUGAGAAUAUGCAGGAACAACAAUGGGUAAAAAUAAGAUGAUAGCAAAGAGCUGUCCCAAAUGUGAAAUGCAGGUAGCUGUUGCAUCAAAAUCUUGCAAAUGUGGCCACACAUUCUUUGCAUCACGCCGUGGAGCGGAUACGCUCCCGCCAGUUGACGAUAUAAGAAGGCGUACUGGUAGGGUAAAAAGGACCCAGCCACAGUAUUAUGAUGCGCAGGAUUAUCAAAAGCAAAAAAGAAAGUCUCCAAAGAAAAGAUCUCUUGAUGAUGAUGAUUAUAAGAAGGACAAAACUGAAUCUGGUGAGUCUACGGCAAGGGCCAGACGUCGCAGAGCUUUACGUAGGGCUACAAAGCGUGUGCCUCAACAAUCUGAACGUACAAGGGACCCUACGCCGCAGUUAAGACCUGCUCAAAUUGCAAGAUGUCAGCUCAUAUUAUCAGAGAUUAAUAGAAAAAUGAAAGCUGUUACAUGGCAACCACCAUCAGAUUAGUUAGUAAAUAUU